AUGACUCUCACCUCCCUGUUUCUGCUGCCAGCUCUACUGCCAUACUUGGCCCUGUCUGCCAGAAUGAACAUUGGCAUAGUGAACGGCACAGAGGCUAAACCCCACUCCAGACCCUACAUGGUUUCUCUCCAGAAAGAUGGGGAACACAUCUGUGGUGGCUUCCUCGUUUCUGAGAAUUAUGUCAUGACAGCUGCACACUGCAUGCAUACACAUACACAAAAUCUUACAGUAGUGGUGGGUGCUCAUAAUCUAAAGGACAGGGUUCAUAUCCGCAUACCUGUGAAGUCAUACCACAGACAUCCAGAUUAUGAGGCUAAGAUAUGUCUGCUCAACGACAUCAUGCUCUUGCAACUUGAGACCUCAGCCAAAAAAGCUCCAAAUGUUGACAUGAUCUCCUUCCCAGAAGAACCAAACCAGGGCAUCAAGGACAAUUCAGUUUGUAGCACAGCUGGUUGGGGAAGACAAACAACCGAUGGUACUGCAAGUGACCACCUUAUGGAGACAAAUGUCACUGUCAUGAAAAACAUUUGUGAGGCUCACUGGAAACAGUGCUACAAUUACACAGCUAUGCUAUGCGCGGGCGGUCGUUCUCACGGAAUCUGUAAGGGAGACUCUGGGGGUCCACUGGUGUGUAACAGCACUGCAGUAGGAAUUGUCUCCUUUUAUCAAAAGAACAACUGUGAUCAUCCCACUGCACCAAAUGUCUACACAAAGAUAUCCGCAUUCCUGCCUUGGGUCAGAAAGAUUAUUCAUCAUGUUCAGUGAAACAUAAUGAACCAAUCACAAAUAAACUAAGGUUUCGGUCUUCUUGGAUUUAUUAGUAGCAUAUUUGUGCACCUACAUUGGCUGCGAAGCACUGGUCUGUGGGGGGAAUUAUCUUUACUAAUAUAAAUAAAGAUGACAACAGAAAGAGUGAACUGGGGUACUAUAAUCCUCACAAAGCAAAUGUCUACACCAAGACGUUCUGAGUUUUUCAUUCCUGCCUUGGAGUAGGGGACUCAUUUACAAUGCGAAAACAUCAAUAAAUAAACAAUAUUUGUAAUAAAUAAACAAUGUUCUUUAUAAUGUAAUGAUGUGAUGGUUGUAGUUUUUGAGGUUGAACAAAACUG